AUGAACGGUGACACCUACUCAUCCAGAGAUACCGGCCGUUCGCGCGAUUACUUCCGCGACGAGCGACGCGAAUCAAACCGGGGUGACAGAGCCGAACGCGGUGACCGUGCUGAGCGCGGUGAUCGAGCUGAGCGUGGCGACAGAGCUGAUCGGGGUGAAAGGAGACGUUCCCGCUCGCCUCAUCAUGGAUCUCGAGGCGAUUCGCGCCGUGAGCGCGAGGUGAACACUUAUUCUAGCAGCCGCGACUACCGUGCUCGUGAGCGCGAGGAUCGAUACACCGGCCGACGCGACGAUCGAGAGUGGGACCGUGGUGACCGCGGCGAGCGUGGUGCCGACCGGGGCGAUCGCCGACGCCGUGACUUCGAUGACAGACCCCGUCGAGACUUGUUUGAAGACCGGCGAGGCGGCGGCCGUGGAGGCGGUGACCGCGGCGGUGGUGACCGUGCUGGUGGUGAUCGCGGGGAUCGUGAUAGAAGAGAGCGCAAGCGCAGCGCUACACCCCCGCGCCGAAAAGAGCCCACUCCUGACUUGACAGAUGUGCCUUCGCUCUUGGUCCGACAGCGUCGUUUGACUCAAUGGGAUAUCAAGCCUCCUGGAUACGAGAAUGUUACGGCCGAGCAAGCAAAAAUUUCUGGAAUGUUCCCUCUUCCAGGAGCUCCUCGCCAGCAACCGAUGGAUCCCAGCCGCAUGAAGGAUUUCUUGAACCCGCCCACCGGUGAAACCGAAAACGCCGCCCUUAAGCCUUCCAAUUCUCGCCAGUCGAAGCGUCUGUUCGCUUACAAUCUCCCGAAGGGUGCCACAAGUGGUGCCGUUAUCGCUUUCUUUAACCUCCAGUUGAACGGUCUCAACGUGAUCCACAGCGCUGAUCCCUGCAUCUCAGCUCAGAUCUCUCAAGAUCAAACAUUCGCACUCUUGGAGUUCAAGGACGCGAACGACGCAACUGUCGCUUUGGCUUUUGAUGGAAUUACCAUGGUGGAUGGCUCAGAGAAGGGACUUGAGGUUCGACGACCUAAGGACUACAUUGUUCCCAAUGGAAGCGCAGACCAGCAAGUCCAGGAAGGUGUGGUUUUGAGCGAGGUGCCAGACUCGCCCAACAAGAUCUGCGUUUCUAAUAUUCCCGCCUACAUUCCCGAGGAGCCUGUCACAAUGCUGCUCAAGUCAUUCGGCGAGCUCAAGUCAUUUGUCUUGGUUAAGGAUGCUUCCACCGAGGAAUCUCGGGGAAUUGCUUUCUGCGAAUACCUCGACCCAGCUGCCACCCCCAUUGCUGUCGAAGGAUUGAACGGCAUGGAGCUGGGUGACCGACACCUGAAGGUUGUUCGCGCCAGUAUCGGAACCACCCAAGCCUCCGGUCUGGACAUGGGCGUCAACGCCAUGCAGAUGUUCGCCAAGACCACAUCCCAAGAUCUGGAGACUACUCGCGUCCUGCAGCUGCUCAACAUGGUCACUCUUGACGAGCUUCUUAACGACGACGAUUACGAAGAAAUUAUGGAAGACGUGGGCGAGGAAUGUGCCAAGUUUGGCCCGAUCAUUGGAAUGAAGAUCCCCCGCCGCGGCCAUGGCGCUGGCAAAAUCUACAUCAAGUACGACAAUGUCGAGUCAGCUUCCACCGCCCUCAAGGCGCUGGCCGGGCGGAAGUUCUCAGACCGUACAGUUGUUGCCUCGUACUUCGGAGAGGAGAACUUCGAUACCGAGGCCUGGUGA